AUGGCUUCCAGUCGCACUUCAUUUAUCUCCCGUUGGAUGAAACAUGCUGCUUUCCAAUCCCCUACUCCGUGGGGAGCAGCACCAUCAGCCCUCCCAAUCUCUCAGCGCAUCGCAAGCAGAUCAUACUCGUCGAGUCGGAGGUCACUACAAGCUCCCGGUACUCGGAUUAGAUCACCUUCAUUUUUACUAUUGAUUCGGUCGAAUCCUCAAACUGCUUCUUUCUCCACAACCUCACCCCGCCCGAAAUCCAAAACCAUUCAGCAAUUAAAGGCUCGCGCUUCAACCGGGCCAUUCUCAUGGAAGGCCGCCGCAUUGUUCGUCGUAACAGGCGUGGGAAUGAUAUUUUACUUUCGCUAUGAGAAAGCGCGGCUUGAGCGAAAGAGAAUCGCCGAGAUGAGUAAGGGCGUUGGCAAGCCAAAAGUUGGCGGACCCUUCGUCCUGAAGGAUUUGGAUGGCAACGAAUUCACAGAAGAAAAUUUAAAAGGAAAAUAUAGCUUCGUUUAUUUCGGCUUCACUCAUUGUCCUGAUAUUUGCCCAGACGAACUCGACAAAAUGGCCGAGAUAAUCGAUAUUGUGAAAGCCAAAUCAAACAACAAAACCGUUUUGCGCCCCGUUUUCAUUACCUGCGAUCCAGCCCGCGACAGCGCCGAUGUGUUGCGCAAGUAUCUAGCGGAAUUCCAUAAGGGGAUUAUUGGAUUGACAGGCACGUAUGAGCAGGUGAAGAAUGUGUGCAAGCAGUACCGCGUGUAUUUCAGUACACCGCGGAAUAUAACACCGGGAGAGGACUAUCUCGUUGACCACAGCAUUUAUUUCUACCUAAUGGAUCCGGAGGGAGACUUUGUUGAAUGUAUCGGCCGUCAAGAUACUGCUGAAACUGCUGCUGCUACCAUUCUAGCCCAUAUCAAUGACUGGAAGAGGGAAGGCAAGCCCAUCAACACUGAGGAGGAAUAG